AUGGACAAACAUCCGGUUAUACAAGUUAUCAAUACCUUCAAACCUGCCUAUGUUGUAUACAACUACCCCGUGGACCAGCUGUCUACGGAUAAUAUCGGCGAUCUUAGGAAGCUUCAGUAUCAAAUAUUGAAGCAAGGAUACAGUUUCACUUAUGGCGUGCUAAAGCUAAGGAUUUUGGAGUCUCCAUCUUCCAGCUAUCAUUUUGCACCAACGAAGACUCUUCAAGAUGCUAUCGGCGAUCUUGAUUGGAAGAACACAACGUGUCAAGCUACCGGAUCAGGCCUCAAGAGCGUAGUUUCUCAUCCGGUAGAUGGUUUUCAGCCCGUUUCCCGACACUGCGCUGGCUGUGUCACUCCCGAUUUCACAAAAUGGGAUGACUCACGUACUGUCGCAGAUUGGAAUGAGCCUCUACCUGGCAACCUUGCUAACCGCCCGGAACGUUCCUGGCCAGAGCAUCAGACAAUCCACAACGUCCAUUCAGAGAUGGCACGAGCCCUCUCGUUCCUGGACUCGUGGGAUUUCAGCGGGUCUCUGAAAGAUCAGUACAACCAGUUAAGCGCGCUUGUUUGCAGCGGCCGUCUCUCCAGCUCAUCCGGUCAAUGUCGCAAACGCUCUGCCUCCCCUUUUAGCGAAAGCAAUAGCAGAGGAGAUUAA